UUUGUCCGCGCUGGCUUCCCAUCGCUGUGGAAGCUUCAUGCCAUUGUCUCGUUGUCAAAAACAGUCCGUCUGGUCGGAAACUUUGAAACUGGGUAAUUACAGUUCAGGCUUGUUUCAGAUACUGCCAAAUCCAAGUAUGAGCUUAUGAGAAGUGAGAGCGUUUGGAGUAGCUCUGGUAUGCAACAAGUAGUUGAAGACUGAAAAGAGCAUUUCUAGAGAAGAGAAGCACGGAGCAGGUGUUACUGAAUGGCAUGAGUUGUUGAGCAGUGCCAGAAGUGAUGGCAGAGCUGGAGGUGGAUCAGUCCAACCUGCCCAGAGUCCAGGAGGUAUGCCAGUGUUUUGCUGUACUGGAGGAUGGAGCUCUAGCUCAUAACCUGCAGGAGCAGGAAAUUGAGCAGUACUACAACUCAAAUGUGCAGAGGAGUCAGCUGGUGCAGAGAGACAUCAGAGUAGCCAAGAGACUCCAGGAUGAGGAGCAGCAGAGGGUUCAGCACCAGGCCACUCGCCAACUGGAGGAGCGAGACUCAGAAUAUGCACGCAUGAUUCAGGAGGACAUCCAGCGGCGUGCGGACGAAGCUCGGAGAAGGGAGGUGGAGGACGAGGAAAUAGCAAAAAGGAUACAAGAAGAGGAAGCGCUUUAUUUGAGACACGGGAGCAGUUACCAACAUAAAGAUUGUAGAGAGUCUACAAGCAUUCCUGCUCGUCCAUACUUUGCGCGGAGUGUUCAUGUACCUCACAACCGGUCUCCAACCAGAAAAUGGCAGCACUCCUGCUCGCCCACCUACUCAGACUCAGAAGAGGACCUGAUUGAGUACAGUAGGCCUACAGUCAUACGACAGUACAGCAAACCCACUAUAGGGCAGAGGAGGCUCAUCAACAGACCUUCCAGAGCUCAUUUAGAGCAGGACGACAAAAGCAUGACCAGCCAAUGCAGCAGUAACAGAUCAUCACACCUGUCAGGUGGAUGGGGUGAUGUCAUUAAGCUCAUAAAGAACGAUAUGAGUGAACAAGGCUACCUCAGCCACAGCUCUGAGGAUGAUCUCUUUGAACCAGUCUAUAAACUUGAGAAAAUAUUGCGACAGAAGAAGUCGGUCUCAGGAAAGGGGCUGAGUCGACACAGCAGCAUGAGGGAGGAUCGUAACAGAAUGUGGCAGGGAGAUGGUUAUGGUCGUAGAGAGAGUUUUAGAGAAAGACAUGUUCAUUUUCCAGAUGAACGGAAGCGCUCUAACAGUUCUCUUGCCAGUGGUUGGAGGACCUAUGAAAAUGGUCACAGGGAUACUAGGGAAAGAGUUCAAUGUUCAACAGGCAUACUAAGAGAUGAUCACACACACCUUGGUGAAACUCAAGGUCCCCAAACUCAAGCUCAGGGGUUUCGACGCAACAUUUCAAUGCGACGUAGUUAUCAUGGUAACAUCAGGCGGACAUCGGUGUGUGAGGGAAGCAGAGCCUGCAACGUAGAUGAUUCCAACUUGGCUAGACCAAGACCCCCAAAUAAUGCCCCCUCACUGCAGCCUAGAGUGCCACAGUUGGAGUUGGAAGUGGACAACCACUUGAGAGAUACGAGAAGUUGGGAGAUGGCGAGAGGCAGAAAUGCACGGCAUAGAGCUCGAUCAUUAACGGAGGAUGAAAGGAGGAUAGACCAGGACCACAGGCAUGGAGAGGGUAGAGUGAGGCGAAGUCAAAGUGAGCGCUGUCAGACGUUCGAGGAACAGAGAUCGAGCACAGAGGAAAAGUUGGAGAGGGACAGCAGGAGGGAGGAAAGACGGAUACAAAGACUCCAGUCUUCUGGAGCAGGACCUGCAAUUAGGAGUGGAACAGCUGCACUUGACUUGGGAGAUUUGGAGCAAGUGCUGCUGGAUGAGGAGUUGGCCCGCAGGCUUCAGGAAGAGGAGGAGAAAUUGGCCGAAGAGACUCAACAAGGUUGCUCUCCUGUUAGAAGGGACUGUCCUAUUGAAGACUUCACAGCAGCACAGGUUGCUCAGGAUGAGGAAAUAGCACGUUUCAUGCAAAAACAGGAGAUAAAGGCUAAACGGAGGUCUCGUGAGCUGGAACCUGUACAAGAAUACAGGGAGAAUGAUAGAAGAACAGCAUGUGACAGACAGAGGCAGAGACUGGACUCUGAGGGUCUUCAAUCCCCAGUUGAUGACUUUACCCCAGGCAAUCAGCACCAUAGUCACGUUUCCACGACAAUGCAAUCCCAAGCCAUCAGAAAUAUUGCAGAAGAGCUGGACCCCACCUUUCAAAGAAAGGAUGCAGCUGAAUCAGAUUCCUGUCAAAAUCAAACUUCACAACAAGUAGGUUUGUACAGCUCCUUGGAGGAACCUACUUUUGUGCCCCCCACGAAACGACCUAGUGAUAAACUGGGACGGGUAAAGCCCAAGGAAAAAAAGGAAAAUGCAAAACAGAAAGAGAACUGCAAGCAGCAGUGAUGUUGGACAUAUAAAAGUGUGAAAUAAACUGCAAUAUUGAAUUAAUAACCAAAUUAGAUUAAUGAAAUGCAUGCAUGUCCUGGCAGUUUGGGGCUUUCCAGUCUUCUGCUUUCUCCAAGACUUUGGAUACUUUUGCAAUCAACAAAUCAAUUUGAACUUGCAAAACAGGGACACUCCAUCCAGAUGAUGCUGUUAUUACUAUUAAACAUCUGUCUAUGUCAUGUCA